AUGGUCUCACGGCGUAGUGACGGCGUUUGUCUUUGGGGCGCAUUAAUUGCUACCGCUGGACGAGGACCACUCGUUGACUUUGUCGACUCCUUCGGCGACCCAACUUUUAACGAUAUCAGCGGAGAUGCCCUGGGCUCCUCCACUAACCUGUCCCCCGGGGGUGAUGAUCAGUAUUUCAGCCGAGUGGUGUGGCUCACGGCCGUAAUCUCUCCCCUCCCCCUGCCCGCACGGACCAACGAUAUAAUGUUCUCACGUUGCUGCACUCUAGCAGUCUCUGAUGAUGAGCUCUACCUCGAGCUCGAAAACUCAGGCUAAUAAAACCACCCUCCCGGUGAUUGCGCCUUUGUUUUCCCCUCAACAAGCACCUGGGCCGGCCGUAUCCUAGCUGCGCACACGAGAUCCCAGCCGCUCUUAUUGUAACUCUCUGCAUAUGAUGGUGUGUUCAGACGAGAAAUUUAGCCCUCUCUGUCUCUGUGCCCACCCCCGGUUAUCUUGACCUUGUCUUCUCAUCGAAACACAGUGAACAUGGGACGAGUGAGUAGUGCAGAUGCAAGUCUGCCUUGCUACAAACAGCCUGACUUGCAGACCACCAGUACACCCACCUGGUGCGACAGUGACGAACUUAGUCGCUUGUGAUGGUUAAGCUAUCGCCUUCCGAUAGUCUUGUUACCGUUAUGUCCGGUUAUAACCCAUCCAUCUUUUUCUCCUCAUGCAUUCGCAGAACCUGAUCCCACAAGACGCGGUGAUUCAAGAUGCUGGGAAAUCUUGCUCUGGGAUCCAAAGAAUUUUAACGACGGCGAUGCCAAGUCUCAGGAAGCCCGUAGGUUUCUUGUUUGAUCCUUUUUCUCUUCUUCAGGCUCUCUGUUACUUCCUGUCUCAUGUAAAGUGUUAUUUUUAAUUGGCCAGACAAGUCUACACUGGUUUUACGUUCCGUUUUUUUUUUUCUGAAGUUUCUCGCCUCAUGACCAUUGCGUGCUCCCCUGCGGUGCGUACCUGCGGUCUGAACAUGGAGUACACGUUCCACCUUCUCUGCAAAUUCAAGGGCAACAUGGAGCAAAGUUUGCGUGCGCUUCUGCAGGAAUCCUUCAUUGUGUUGGAUAACGUUUACGCUGGUGAGUCUGCCGACCCCCGUUCUCGAGCGAUUGUUUUAGCGAGAGGAGGCUUGGAGAUAUCGCCAUUCUUCAGAUCCAAACUCCCUUCCGUUUAGAAUUUCCUUGGUCAUCUGGUGUCGUUUCGCUGGCAGCUUGCCCGCCUCUCAACAUGGCAACAAAAUAG